UACACCAUCAAAAGAAAGGAAAAAAAAGAGAAAAAAUGAGCCACAGUGAUAGCAUUUGGGCAAAGGUUGAGCUGAAAUCUCCUCCUGAGAAGUUCUAUGGGUUCUUCAGAAACCACAUGGGAGAUUUGGUCCAUAUGUUUCCUGAGCAGUUCAAGAGCUUUCAGUUUGUGGAAGGAGAAAAGUUCUCUGCUGGAAGUGUUAUGCAUUGGCAAUACCAUCUUGGGAGUCCAGAAGCCGCGAAGAUAAAGUUGAGAGCUGUGGAUGAUGUGAAAAAAUACAUAAUCUAUGAAGUUGUUGAAGGGGACAUGUUAAAGCAUUUCAAAUUAUUCAGAGCAAAACUUGAAGCAAUUCAUGGAGGGUUAGCCAAAGGGGGAGGCUUUGCAAAAUGGACCAUUGAGUUUGAAAAGGCACAUGAAAAUGUGCCUUCACCAGAAAACUACAUGGAUUUGGCUGUCAAAGUCUCCAAAGGCCUUGAUGCUUACCUUUACAAUAACAAGAACUAAAUCAAAACCCCUAUAAAUUACUAAGUAUGUGUGUGACCUAAUUGAGUUUGCUAUGUUUCUACUUGGGUUUGUUCUCAAAUAAUAAAUUAUUAUGUGCAAUGUUAUGUUCUAUAUGUAAGGAAAAUGUGGGGUUUGGGGAAAAAUGGGUGUUGUUUAAUGUAUGUAAUUGAAAGUUAUCAAAGUGUGUGACAAAGUUCUUAGA